GUCAAAAGGUCUAAACAUUGUUCUUUUCUACCGGGCCAACAACAUAUUCCGGAUCUUACUGGACGUAGCAUAAUCAAUCAUGGCUCCUCAGGCAACUUCCAUCUCGUUGCUGAGAGCUGCGUCUUUCCGCAUCUCGAACGCGUCCAAAGCUGACCUUCCCCAAAUCGCCGCUCUCACUGCUCAAUCUCUGCUUUCUUGCAAGGACAUCUUCACCCAACCUGACUUGGCCAACCAAAAGGACUCGGAUACCGCAAUUGCUCUUCACCGAUUCAAUACUCAAAUCACCUCUCUGCUUGCUGAUCGCUAUGUCGAGGGUCGCUGGGCUGCUGUUGUUCUGAUCAAGGCUGCUAUCGAAGCUGGUGGCUGGGAGACCCUCAAGAAGUCCAUUGGCUGGGUCCGUGGUCUGCUCAUCAUGUUGAAGAAGCCUGAUCCUCCUCUCCUGAGAUGUCUGACCAUCGUCACUCUGACCCGCAUUUUUAUGCUUACAUGGGAGUUUCCCACUCUGAUCAGAGAAAUUACUACCCCUUCCCUCCCGACAUUUGUGUCCACUUGUCUUAACAACCUCUCUUCGCGUCAGCCUAUCCCUCAGGAAAUCAAGGCUACUCUGGAGUGCUUUUCUCAACUUCUCCCUCGCCACCCCACCAUCUUCCGUCAACACCAGGAUGCUGUUGCAAAGCUCCUGACUGUCGUCUUUGACAACAGGGCCUCCGGUGAUCACAUCGUGGACCUCGCUUCCCGGAUCUCGGUUCUUCUUCACCAAUGUGAACCCAAGAAUGGUGCCAGUGACAAGUGGGAGUCUAGCCUUGUCGCUACUCUUCACAACGCUCAUGCCACGGCCGAUAGGACAUUCAUGAGCAUCGACGAGGACUGGCAGUCCGUGACCGGUACUAACUUUGUCAACAAGAACGUCCUGUCCGACCUCUACUCCAAGGCUCAAGAUGCUACCACGCCUGCAGACGGCCCUGUGGCUCAAUUUAUCACCCCUGGUCAUCAAGGUUUGAUGAACCAUCUUCGCUUGCUUGCCGCCUACUUUGCAUCUGCUACGUCUGCUUCUGUUGUUGGCUCAAUCGGCGCCGUGUCAGAUCUGCUUACGAGAUUGAUGUCCAAUACUAUCUCAACAAGCUCCACCAAGAGCACCAUUCGCUUCAAGCGUGAUGCUGCAAGAGAAGAGCGUGAUGCCUUGACUGAGAUCCUGCCCCAGCUUCAUGUCGCAUGUAUCGAGGUCCUGUCUGUUAUCCUGGACCGCUACGGUAACGCCAUCACACCAGCUCUACAAUCUUUCCUUGACCAGGUCAUGUGGAUCUUCCACGCUUCUUCGGCCAAUGUUGAGGUCAGGACUGCAACUUACGUUGUCGGAAAAAAGAUCCUGGAUAUCUCGGGCCAAUCACUUAACAAGGAGACCAUUGCAGCUCUAAAGAAGUACAUCAUCGCAUGCUGUGAAGACCUGCUGCCGACCAUUGAGGAAAAGGAUCCCCAGAACAGCAAUGGCAACAAGCAACAGUCUACCAUGAACGCCGAUACUUUCCUCAAACAGGCUUCCACCAAGCCUUCAGCAAAGACCGAACUUGCUGGCUUGAAGUCAGCAGCCUGGGACUUGCUUCCUACUCUGGUCGGACAGCUCCCUGCGGAACACUGUCCUAUUUCACUGCGCGCGACUAUGGACCGCACGGCUGUGCUCAUUCGCCACAAGGAUGCGGUCAUGGCGAGCACUUUCAACCACACAUCCACAGCCAAGGCAGCUCGCAAGGGUAAUAGUCUUUUGCCUCUUCUCGCUCGUGAAUAUCCUACCGAUCCUGCGGUCGAGGUCCUCCUCAGACCAAGAAUGCCCAUUCUCCAGACUGGUCGUAAGGCCACCAAUGCUGAAGCCGAAGCUGACGACAUGGAUGAGGACGAGGAGUCGGCUUCUGAUGAGGAGGAAGAGCAAGUCGAGGCAGAGGAGAUUGCUGGAGAGACAUCACGCCCGGCUGUAUCGUCCGCUGUCGCAUCGGAAAGCAAGGAUGCUCCUAAAGCGCAGGAAUCUGUCAACUGGGCACUCAAUGAAUACGUACAAGAACAGCUGACAGCUGACGAAGCAUCGGGUGGCGCAACGAAAGGAAGCGAUGGAGAAGCCAUCGAGUUGGUGGUCGGAGGAGACUCAAAUGAAGCCCAGAGAUUCAAGAGACAGCGCGAAGAAGAUGAGCCCAAAGCUGCUGACAAGAGACAAAAGUCUAUCGAGCCCCAGGCUGUUGCCGAUGAUAGUGAUGACGAUGAGUUUGUGGUACCAGAGAUUGUCAUGGGUGAUAGCGAUGACGAGGAAGAGUAGAUAGUCGAUAGACUUGUGCAGUGUACACAACGACAUCCGGUCCUUGAACCAUAGGAAUUUCGAUUUCGUGUCUUGCUCAAGCCUUGGUUCGAGCAUUGGAUGUUGAGUGAGCCACGUCCAGCUUCAUGCUUCAGAGCACACCGGGAUUUUACAAGUGCCUUCGACGAACCAUCCGAUUGAUUCGAGUAUAUUCGCAAGCCUCGGAGAUUAAACCAGUCACUCGAAGAUGACCAUUUGUCAACGAGUAGCCAUGUGAAGCUAUGUACCUCUCCGAAUAGACAUGCAAUCAAGAAGCCAG